GGAAGAUAUGACAAGUGGCAAAAAUUAUAAACAAUAACAGAAAUUGUUGUUAAAGUAAUAAAUGUUAAUUUGAUCUGCCAAUGCAUGGAAUCUUAUGGUGCUACAGAGACACGGGCUGACAAUUCACAGUUUUCAGAGGAUUUGAAAACUAAUGAUCAUGACAUCAUGGAGUUCUGAUGAGGAGGAAGAAUAUACUCUAUUCUCUAAAGAAGAUGAUAACUUACUGAACAAUCAAAAUGGUGGUAGUGGAACAGCAAAGCCAAGGGAAUCAAAUGGAGGUUAUCCUAAAAGUGUUUUCUUCAUCCUGGGGACAGAGUUUUGUGAAAGAUUUUCUUACUAUGGCAUGCGAGCCAUUUUGAUUCUGUACUUGACAAAAUGGUUAAAGUUUGAUGCAGAUAAUGCGACUGGUGUAUAUCAUGGAUUUGUAUUCCUCUGUUACUUUAGUCCUCUGUUUGGAGCAAUCAUUGCUGAUGGUUAUCUGGGAAGAUACAGGACAAUCCUAUAUCUGAGUAUUAUUUAUGGUAUAGGAAAUGUUAUAAUGUCUGCAACAGCAGUACCACCACCAGAAUGGAUUGGGCCAAUGAUUGCAUUAAUCCUGAUCGGAAUUGGUACUGGAGGAAUAAAACCUUGUGUAGCAGCCUUUGGUGCUGACCAGUUCAGACCAGAACAAGAAAAGCAACGUGAAACCUUCUUCUCAGUGUUUUAUUUUAUGAUAAACUUAGGAAGUAUGUUUUCAAUUAUACUGACUCCAAUCCUCAGAGCUGAUGUGCAUUGUUUUGGAGCAGAAUGUUACCCAUUAGCUUUUGGUAUUCCAGCUAUUCUGAUGAUUUCUUCUGCUGUGAUAUUUAUAGCAGGUGGGAGAUCAUAUAAAAAGAUUCCCCCCACUGGUAACCUCAUUGGAAGGGUAUUUAAAUGUAUUUUUUAUGGUAUAAAAGGGAAGAUAUCGCAUCCUGAUAAAAGACCUCAUUGGUUAGAUCAUUCUGUUGGACUUUUUGAGGCUGAUUUUGUGGAAGAAGUAAAACGUCUGUUAAAAGUGUUAAUCAUAUGUGUACCGUUGCCAUUAUACUGGGCUCUUGGUGAUCAACAGGGAUCAAGAUGGACUUUACAAGCAGAACAGUUAGAUGGCAGCAUGGGUCCUCUUGGAAGAAUCAAGCCAGACCAAUUGCAGGCACUGAAUCCUAUCCUGAUCUUAGGACUUAUACCACUGUUUGAAAAAUUGAUAUAUCCAUGUUUGGAUAAAUGUAAAGUUCCUAAUAGGCCUCUACAGAGAAUGGUUGCAGGAAUGUUUUUGUCAGUAAUAGCUUUUGUUAUGGCAGGCUUUGUGCAACUUAAAAUAAAUAGUCAGUUUGAAUCUCCUUUAACUACAACAGAAACAGGUAUAACUCAUUACAACGUGUUACCAUGCUCUGCAUUCAUUUCCUCAUCUCACUACAGUCAAAGUAUACACAGUCUUCAGUUAGGUGAAUUUCAGAAAUUCUCACCUGGCAACAUCACUUGGAAUGUAUCAGCAGAUUGUUCUACAGAAAAUAUCUCUAAAACAUUCAAUUUCAAAGGAAGUCACUCGUAUAGACUUGUUAUUCUUCAACACAAUAGUUCAGUGCUGGAUCUCAUUAAGAUAGAGGACCAAAGAAAGAAGUCAGGAGAAGGAAAUUCUUUAAUAAGUGUUAUGAAUAUGGAUAAUUCUAUAGAGAGUGUGAAACUGGUACCAACUACUUAUACUGGUACUGUUACAGAGAAAACAGGGAUCACAUUUGAUAUCAAAAACCACACCCACCUUUCUUUAGAACCUGAAAGUUAUUCGGUUUAUAAGUUACCAAAGAAUGGUGAUAAUGCAACAGAUUGGAGUUUGGUGUCCAGUGUCAAGUUGGGUAUAGGUGGAAUAUAUACACUUCUGUUAUAUACUGAAAAUGGCAAAACAAACCUGAUGUUAUUUACCAGUGUAGAACAGAACUCCUUGUCCAUGUUUGUGAUGGUACCACAGUAUAUAGUUAUAACUGUGGGGGAAAUACUUUUCUCAAUUACUGGUCUCUCGUUUGGAUAUUCACAGGCACCAAAGUCCAUGAAAUCCUUUAUUCAGGCAGCCUUUCUAAUGACCUCUGCCUUUGGCAAUUUGAUUGUUGCAAUAAUAUCUGAAAGCCGAAUAUUUUCUAAUCAGGCUGUGGAGUUUUUCUUCUAUGCAGUGAUUAUGUUAAUAGACAUUAUGAUAUUCAUGGUGAUUGCUUAUUUCUAUGAGUAUGUCAGGGUAACAGAAGAAGCUACCAUACAUACAGAAGAUACGUCAGGACUUAUAGACAAUUUAGAAAUGGAAGAUAAUUAUAAAAAUAAGUAAUGCAAUAAUCUGACAACUUGUUAUAAGAAUAAUUCCUUUGUUUAUGUCUUCUGUCUCUCUCAAAGAGUAGUAUGAUAAACAUAUUUUUAUUAAAAAAUAAAAUCAUAAAUCAAAGUUUAUGUUUUAGAUUAUUCUUUUCUGAUGUUGAUAAAGUUAUCUGAUAUUGUACUGUGUUUUUAUAUAUAGACUACUGCAAAUUGCAAUUAAUUUUUUCUUUGUUUAAAAUUUAUGUGUGUUCAUAACUUUAGAUUUGGUGCUAAGCCAGGCGAAUUGUAAAAUUAAUACUAACCAAUGCCAAACAUAGUUAUACUGUUUAUUUGUUACCAAUGUAUUUGUGGAUGACAGGUUUUAAUUGUGAGAUUAUUUACUGUUUUAUUACUGUUAAUUUAGAAAUAAUUGCAAUUUUUUUAUUAUUGCAAAGAAUGUGACAGGGUCCAAUUAUCUAAACUUGCAAUUAGAAAUUAUUUAUAUUUGUUUUAUAAGUUAAUAUUUUAUUCUAAUUUAACAUUGUAUAUGACUACAUCAACCUGAUGUUUACAUGUUGUGAUUUACCGUUACACAAUAUAUCUUUCUUUUUUUGUGUCAUUUGGGUUUUUGUCUUAUUGACAUAUAUCCCAUAUCUUGUGAUGAAUAAUGUUAGCAUUGGAUGAUCUGAUAAAAUACAUCCUGUUUUUUAUAAAUUUGGUGGCCAAAAACGAGAAGAGAAUAACAAUGCAUAAUAAAAAAAUAUUAACAGUUGGACUCCAAACAAUUUAAUCGCCUCUAAUUAGGUCAAGACAUUGGUUACGUGAUAAAAGUUCAGAGUCUAUGAUGACAAAAUGGCAAUAAUAAUGCACGCAAUAAUUAUAUACCGGUAGUAGUUAUUAUUUGAUGACUUGUUUGUGACUUCAUCAACAUGAUUUUACUUAUUCUGAUUAAUCAUCUUUUUGUUAUUGUGUCAUUUGGGUUUUUGUUUUAUUGACUAUAUCCCACAUCUUGUAAUGAAUGAUGUUAGCACUGGAUUAUCCGAUGAGAUUUAUCAUUUGACAUGAAAUAAUGGGACAAAGAAAUUACUGAAUAGAGAAUGGAAAUGCAUUUCAGCUUGAUCCACAUUGCAAAAUAGUAACUGAUAAACAUACAAAAUACUUUUAAAUCAUUCUAUUUCAGUAUUUUGUAAUCUCUAUUUAGAUAAUGUUAUGUUAAACCUCAAUGCAAUGGCAUGGAUUUGCACAGUUUUCCAUACUGUUUUGUGGUAAAAAUGACUUAUGUUUAUCUUUAUAGCUUGUUAAGAAUGGGAUAAAAGACAAACAACAAACAUACCAGUACAUUAUAACAUAUACUGUAAAUGCAGAAAUUAUUGCAAGGUUUUUAUUAUUGCUAAUAAUGCGACAGAGUUGUAAACGCAAUAAUUACAACUCGCAUUUGGUUAUGUUUUCUCUGAAUUAAGCAAGAUUUUUCUCAAAAUCGUAAAAAUUAAAUUCGCAUUUAAGUUUAAAAUGACAAAAUCCAAUAAUAAAUUCACGCAAUAAUUUCUGAAUUUACAGUAGCAUGUUUUGAUAACCAAAUCUCCCACCAAAUAAAUCAAAAUAUGGAAGUUAAUGUGUCUUCCAAUGUGUGGUUACUAAGGACCUACAAUGUAUUUAGUUAUAUAGAUCUGGUCUCCUGUCAUUUGCUUUGAUCACAUAUUUAGUUUAAAUCUACAAAAUGGAAUAGAGUUUGUUAUUUUUAUAUUUUAUUUGUAUAUGUAAAAUAUGGUGUAGGGAUCAGUAAAUAUAUAAGUAUUAGUUUGUAAUUUUUCUACACGAUAGAUUAAACUUUCAAAGGAAACCAUGAAAAUCUAAAGAAUUAAAAACUGUUGAAUGUAUGUCAACAAAAUCAAUCCUCAAUUUUCAUCAAAAUUGAAAAAAUAGGGAAUUAAAAUUUAUGUUAUACCUGUAAUUCAUAAUUGUAUGAAAGAGUUUAUUUCCCUUGAAAUUUUGCAUUACUUCAACUACAAUAUGCAGAAAUGAAUCUAAAUGAUUUCAAAACUACUUGAAUGUUAAUGAAUCUGAAUAAGAAGAAUUUUCUUUUAUGGUUCAAAGGAAUUUAUAAUUUUUUAUUUACCCUUUUGAGAAAAUAGAUACAUUUGUAGGUUGUAAAUGGUUUGUUAUUUUUCUGUUAUUUUUUUUCAUUUCAUCCCUGAUUUUUUUGUUCAAGUUUGCAAAUUUUAUGUCAGAUAUAGUUAAUAUAGUAUACCUCAUUGUAAAGCUUGAAUGUGUUUUUUUAAAGAUAUUUUUUUUGAUAAUGCUACUUUAUAAUGUCUACAUUGUAAUGCCUACAAUGUCUGGGUUUACAUAAGGUUUAGAUUAUACAGAUACUUCAAAGGCGGAUCCAGGGGGGGAAAAGUUCGGAUCCAGGGGAGGAAAAGUUCUGGAUCCACCACUGUGACAAUUUAUACAUUAUUAAAAUGACAGGGUAUAAGAUAGAAUUUAUUGGUGCAUAAUAUAAUAUCAAAAGCUGAAUUCCUUUGUUUUUAUUUGUUGGUCUUUUUACGUGAUACAUGUACUUGUAUUUUUAUGAAAAGCACAGCAAGAAGAAAAAUUCUUUUUUUAGCCAUUUGUAUAAAAUCUUUUUUUAUUGUACAAAAUUAUUCACAUUUUUCAUGGUUCUUUUUAUUUUCACAUGCUGAUUUUGUUCUUGUAAUCUUGAAAUUCUACCAAUAAGAUGAUCAGAUGAUGAAAGAAUCCAAAGGAUAAGAUAAAAUGUAUCCUAUUAUUUAAUUAAACAUUACAUUUAGUGAUUACUUGUGAAAAUAAGAGAAUGGAUAACUGAAAUAUUUACAUAUUUUAAGAAAGCUAUAUCAUUUCCAGAAAACUAUUAAUACAGAUAGUUUUAAAAUUUACAUUUAAAUCUAGGAUAUAUAUAUAUUUUUUUUAAUAACCAGUAAUUAAUUGAUUAAUACUUUUUUUCAGUUACAAAUGCUUAUAGAAUGUGAUCUUUUAUUGUAGAUUUUGAGCAAAAUCUAAACAUUCCUAAAGAGGAAUGGUUUUACCAUGAGUACUGCAUAUGCAGAUAUUAAAUUUAUGAGAUCUGAUAGCUUUUGUCUGAUAAACUCAUCAUAGAUUCCAGGACUAAAUUUUGUAUAUCUGCCAGACAUGUGUUUCGUCUACAAAAGACUCAUCAGUGAUGCUCGAAUCAAAUAGUUGAAUAGGCUAAAUAAAGUAAGAGUAAUUCUAUUUUUUUUCAUAUAUAAAAGUUAGUUGAUAUUAUAUUUGUUAUGUGUUAAGUUUUUUAAAUGAUUUCAUGUUAUUAUUUCAAUAUUUUUCUAUAUUGAGUAUGCUAUUCCAAGCUUGUUAUCAUGGUGGAAAUUUACAGUACAUAUUUUAUUUAUAUUUAGUUUAGUUACGGAAUUUUUCCAGGUAAUCUGGUUCCUCCUAAGAAAAUUAUGUGUUUUUACUUUUUUUUUCAUCAUGAGUUUUUUUUGUUGAGAUCUUGAAAUCCUACAAAAGAUGAAAUCAGUACCAGGCUGCUGUCAAUAUUUGAUCUUCAUUAUUAAAAACUUCUAAGUGAA